UGUGAGGUCACUAACCUGAAUGACUACCGAGAGAGUGUCUUCCGGCUCCUGCCCCAGCUGACCUACUUAGACGGCUACGACCAAGAGGACCGGGAAGCCCCUGACUCAGAUGCUGAGGUGGAUGGUGUAGAUGAAGAAGAAGAAGAUGAAGAAGGAGAAGAUGAGGAGGAUGAAGAGGAUGAAGAUGGCGAGGAGGAAGAGUUUGAUGAAGAAGAGGAUGAAGACGAAGAUGAAGACGUAGAAGGGGAAGAAGAUGAAGAUGAAGUCAGUGGAGAGGAAGAAGAAUUUGGACAUGAUGGAGAAGUUGAUGAAGAUGAAGAAGACGAGGACGAGGAUGAGGAUGAGGAGGAAGAAGAAAGCGGGAAAGGUGAGAAGAGGAAGAGAGAAACAGAUGAUGAAGGAGAAGAUGACUAAGGCCCCAGUAACCUGCCAAGACAGAACU